AAAUAGAUAGGUGUUUUCGUAUUUACGAGUAUCCGGCAGAAGUUUUUUAAUAGGGUAGAUACGAUUGAGUGGAAAAUAUGAAAAUUGUGAUAUUGUUUUGCGCCUUAAGCGUUACUAUUUCCAGUGUAAUUGGACAAAAGGAUAAUCACUUCGCCGAAGGAAGAAACACCAUCGUUCACUUAUUCGAGUGGCACUGGGACUCUAUUGCCAGUGAAUGCGAGAACUUUUUGGGACCUAAAGGAUUCGCUGGUGUUCAGGUAUCUCCUCCAAACGAAAAUUCCGUAAUAGGUGACAGACCAUGGUGGGAACGAUACCAACCAGUGAGUUAUCAACUCACUACCCGAUCCGGAGAUGAAAGUGCAUUUGCUAAUAUGGUGCAACGUUGUAACAACGUGGGAGUCAGAAUAUACGUCGAUGCUGUCUUCAACCACAUGUCAGCGACAUCUGGUGGUGGUACUGCAGGAGGUUCAUGUGACGUUGGUUCUUUAUCCUACCCAUCAGUACCAUUCGGAUCAAAUGACUUUCAUUCUCAAUGUGAUGUUAACAAUUAUCAAGACGCGAACAAUAUUAGAAAUUGUUGGCUUAGUGGACUACCAGAUUUGGACCAGAGUCAUGAUUAUGUUCGUCAAAAAAUUGUUGAGUACCUGAACCAUUUGGUAGACUUGGGAGUAGCAGGAUUUAGAGUGGAUGCUGCCAAGCAUAUGUGGCCCGCUGAUCUACAAGCUAUUUAUGGCAGCGUUAAGGAUCUGACAGGAAAUGGUUUAAGUGGAAGACCUUUCUUCUAUCAAGAGGUUAUAGAUUUAGGAGGAGAGGCCGUAAAGAAAACCGAAUACAACAGCUUUGGAGCAGUACUAGAAUUUAAAUUCGGUACCGAACUGGGUAAUGCAUUCCAAGGCCACAACGCUCUCCACUGGUUAGAAAACUGGGGUACAGAAUGGGGUCUAUUAGCAGGGACUGAUGCAGUUGCCUUUAUUGACAACCAUGACAACCAAAGAGAUGGAUCACCAGCUAUUCUUACGUAUAAGAAUCCCAAACCUUAUAAGAUGGCAAUAGCUUUCAUGUUGGCCCAUCCAUAUGGUACUACGAGGAUAAUGUCAAGUUUUGAUUUUAAUGACCAUAAUCAAGGUCCACCUGGUCAACAACCCGGUUUUAACGCUGAUGGCACGUGUACAAAUGGUUGGGUCUGUGAACACAGAUGGCGUGAAAUCUUCAAUAUGGUCGGCUUUAGAAACGCUGUAGCUGGCACAGGUGUCAAUAACUGGUGGAGUGACGGCAAUCAACAAAUUGCUUUUGGAAGAGGAAACAAAGGCUUUAUAGCUUUUACUUUACAAGGAGACAUUAAUCAAAGCAUUCAAACCCAACUACCAGCUGGUACUUACUGUGAUGUUAUUUCUGGUAGUUUGGAGAACGGAUCUUGCACAGGAAAAACUGUAAAUGUUGAUGGAAGUGGUAAGGCUUCUAUUUCUUUGUCCACUAAUGAAGAUGAUGGUGUAGUAGCUAUUCAUGUUAAUGCAAAAUUGUAAACUGAUAUUUUUUUUUAAAUAUAUUUUUAAGGAAUAUAAU